AUGGAGCAGUGGGAUGUAGAAGGCGUCAAAGGUGGCAGUAAGCCAAAGAAGAGAACGACAGGCGGACUAGCAAACGAGCGAACGAAGGAACGAGGGAACGAGAACGAGCGAACGAGGGACGAUGGACGAUGGACGAGGGAUGAGGGAUGUAAACGAAGGAAGAAUCGAUUGUGGAAGUGA